AUGGAAACGGUCCAGGAGCUGAUCCCCCUGGCCAAGGAGUUGAUGGCCCACAAGCGCAAGGGGAAGCUGGUGAAGCUGUACGUGCUGGGCAGCGUGCUGGCCCUCCUCGGUGUGGUGCUCGGCCUGAUGGAGACUGUGUGCAGCCCCUUCACGGCCGCCAGCCGUCUGCGGGACGAGGAGGCAGCCGUAGCGGAGCUGCAGGCCGCCCGGGAGAGACAGGCUCUCCAGAAGCAAGCCCUGCAGGAGAAAGGCAAGCAGCACGACGCCAUCCUCUGCGGCAGGGCCCUCUCCAACCGGCAGCACGCCUCCUAGGAAUGGUGGGAGACCAGUGGAGUGGGAGGGAGAGGCGGCAGACAGAGCGAGCGAAACCGACUGAAAGAUGCAGGGGGAGAUGGAGAGGGCGUGCGCACGGGAGCCUGACUCCGCUGGGAGAGUGCAGGUGCACGUGCUGUCUGUUAUCUGGAUUUACUUCAGAGAAGCCACUGACAUCUAGAACUGACCUACCACAAGCAUCCACCAAAAGGAAUUUGGGAUUGAGUUUUGCUGCUGUGCAGCACUGUAUUGUCAUGACGUGUCCAGUACUGUGUAUCUUUGAGUUAUCUAAACGCGUCUACCAUUUUGCACUAGGGAGGAAGGAUAAAUGCUUUUUAUAUUAUUAUUAUUAUUACAAUGACCACCAUUUUGCAUUUGGAAAUUAAAAAAAUUUUUAUACCAUA